AUGACGAACAAUGCUUACUCCGAAACCAACGAGACAGACUGGUACGACAUUGGUGCUCCGUGGCAAGUGAAUGCUUCUUUUGGAUGGGAAUCCGAUGGAAUACGAGGUCAUGUGUUCAGCAACGAAGACCAUACGCUGAUGGUCAUCAGUAUCAAGGGCACAAGUGCAGGUUUAUGGACAGGGGGACCGACCGGGGUCAAAGAUAAAAUCAAUGAUAAUAUGCUAUUUUCCUGCUGCUGUGCCCGUAUCAGUCGCGCCUGGACCCCAGUAUGUGAUUGCUAUCAGGGGAACGAAUAUCUUUGUGAAAGUUUUUGCUUAGAAAAAAAAUUAACAAGCACAGAGCUUUACUACGAUCAUGCCAUGGAAAUCUUUAGCGACGUUAGUAAUCGAUUUCCCAAUGCCACCAUCUGGCUGACCGGCCAUUCAUUGGGAGGAGCAGUCGCCAGUAUGGUAGGCCAAACCUUUGGUAUUCCCACCGUCACUUUUGAAAGCCCUGGCGAUCGCCUUGCUUCUGCUCGCCUGCAUUUACCGCAUGGUCCUGGUGCAGCCAAAAUGCCACUUUGGCAUUUUGGGCACACCGCCGAUCCUAUCUUUGUCGGAGUAUGCACGGGUCCAGUCAGCAGUUGCUGGUACGGAGGUUUUGCAAUGGAAACGCGUUGCCACACAGGCAAGGUAUGUGUGUGGGACACUGUGAAUGAUAAUGGUUGGCGUGUCGAUAUUCGAUCGCAUCGCGUGCAGGACGUGAUUGAGAAUAUCCUCAAAAAGCCGGAAGAGUUUCCGCUUCCGAAAUGCGGCGUUGAGUCCGAAUGUGACGAUUGCGGGCUUUGGGAUUUUGUCGACGAACGAGACGGCCCACUCACGCAUACAACCACCGCUACGCAAACAUCCUCCGCCAUUCCUACCCCUCCUGAUGAUCCAUGGCAAACGGAAACAUUUUUCAGAGUAUAG